AUGGUUCCUCGUCGCGCAACCUCACAUCAUGAUCUGCCUGCGCGCGCUGAGGCCCGGGCCCAGGUGUCUUCCUGCCCGCCGCCGCCGCCGCCGCGCCGCCCGCGCCGCUGCGCGGCCAGCGAAACAGCUGCGAUCCUGCAGGACUACGCCGAGCCGGCCUCCAACCUCUCCUCGCAGUCGCGGAGGGCGGCGGCGGAGCGGGCGGCGGCGGUGGAGGCGCCCGGACGCGCGGGGGCGGCGGCGGCGGCGGGGAGGACGCGGCGCUGAUCGGCCCCCGGGGCGCCGCGCCCGCCGCCCCCCGCCGCCGCGCCGCCGCCGCCCCGCCUGGCCGCCCUCUUCGAGCACCCUUAGGCCGCCCUGCCCCCGCUGGCCGACGGCGACCUGCUCUUCAAUGUCAACAGCGACAUCAGGUUCAACCCGCGGGCGGCCGAGCAGCCCGAGUGGCAAAAUGAAGAUCAUCAUGAAGAAUUUUUGCCAACAGGAGAAACCUCCAUAGACUCCUACCCAAACUGGUUAAAAUUCCACAUUGGCAUUAAUCGGUACGAGUUGUAUUCCAGACAUAAUCCUGCAAUUGAGGCUUUACUACAAGACCUUGUCUCCCAAAAGAUAACCAGUGUUGCGAUGAAAUCAGGAGGCACCCAGCUGAAGCUGAUCAUGACAUUCCAGAACUAUGGACAAGCAUUGUUCAAACCAAUGAAGCAAACCAGAGAACAAGAAACCCCGCCUGACUUUUUUUAUUUCUCAGACUAUGAGAGACAUAAUGCAGAAAUAGCAGCAUUUCAUCUGGACAGGAUCCUGGAUUUCCGUCGUGUGCCACCGGUUGCAGGUAGACUGGUUAACAUGACAAGGGAAAUACGGGAUGUUACUCGUGACAAGAAGCUGUGGAGAACGUUUUUCAUCUCACCAGCCAACAACAUCUGCUUCUAUGGGGAAUGUUCCUACUACUGCUCAACAGAGCACGCCCUGUGUGGAAAACCAGAUCAGAUUGAAGGGUCUCUGGCUGCUUUCCUACCAGAUUUGUCUCUAGCAAAAAGGAAAACCUGGAGAAACCCUUGGAGACGUUCCUACCACAAGCGCAAGAAAGCAGAAUGGGAAGUUGAUCCAGAUUAUUGUGAAGAGGUUAAACAAACUCCCCCGUAUGACAGUGGGACCAGAAUUCUGGAUAUAAUGGAUAUGACAGUUUUUGAUUUCCUAAUGGGUAACAUGGAUCGACAUCACUAUGAAACCUUUGAGAAGUUUGGAAAUGAAACGUUUAUUAUCCACUUAGAUAAUGGAAGAGGGUUUGGAAAAUAUUCCCAUGAUGAACUUUCCAUAUUGGUGCCUUUAAACCAGUGCUGCAGAAUAAGGAAGUCUACCUAUCUGCGAUUACAGCUGUUAGCCAAGGAGGAAUACAAACUCAGUCUCUUGAUGAAAGAAUCUUUGCUAAAAGAUAAAAUAGCUCCGAUUCUCUACCAGCCUCACUUGGAGGCGAUGGACAGGCGGCUACGGAUUGUCCUCAAGGCUGUUAGUGACUGUAUAGAAAAGGAUGGUUAUGACAAUGUGGUUGAAAAUGACUUUAACACUGAUGUUAACACUGUUACGACCGAGAGGUAGUGAAAUCGCAAGACUACGUUUUUACCAGCCGAGUGAAGAAGAUUCAAAGAGGAAAAAGAAAAAGAAAAUAAAAAUUAAGUCUUGCAAAAGACUGUGUAUGCCACUUUGUGAAUUCAGUGAAUUCAGAAAUGAGAUAUAAUUGUUCCCAAAGUAGGUAAAGUGUAGACUCUGCAAAGGAUUAGUUCAUUAAGAAAAAAUAAGUCUAAUGUGAUGCUUUUCAUUAGUUCCUGAAGAGAGAUUAUGAAAAGAUUCAGAAAAUACUCAGAUCAUUGACAGACAACAGUCUGAUAGCAAAACACCUCCUGUCCUUUUUUGUAUAGAAAGGAGGCCUUUACUUAAUAUUUUGUAUUUAUAUAUGGUAUAUCUAUGAAACCCCAGACCUACCUACCAAAUUUAACUAAGAGGGAUGGCAUAGUUUUGUGACUCACACUUUAUUUGUGGUGACAGUCCACUUAGUAUUUUGUGUUAACCCUUUAAGUGCUCUAAUCCACUGUAUCUUAUUUAAAUUGAAUGCUUUUUUCCCCCCAGCUACUCAGCAUUUAAAGGGUUAAGGCAUUAAGAACCUUUAAAGGCAAAAAAUAAUAAUAAUUAUAAUUAUAAUAAUAAUAAUAAAUACAGUGGUUACCAGAAGGGAAUUUCACUAAUUGUGCAUUGACAGGAAUACUUGAAUGUUGGUUUUACAAAGUGAUGUAAAAUGACAAGUUGUACUAUUUGUCCAUAAGGAGGUGGCAGCUCUUAUCUUUCUAGACUAUCAUAGCUGAGCUGCUACUUUUCAAUUUUGCUUUUGAUAGUUUUGUGUAAAUAUAUACAUAUAUGGGUAAAAAGCUGCUUUCAGCAGCUCUAGGCUUACUUUUGCAGCAUUUUUGUGGAAUUGUUUGCAACGUGGUAAAAGUGCAAUAAAGAUAUGGCAAAAUGU